CAGGCAGCAGCAGGCAGCAGCAGCGUCACACCGUCGCCUCCUGCUCCCUCCCCCCGGCCUGUUGAUAUCACAGCCCGGAGAGUUUUGAAUUCAGUCUGUGGCCCCAGACGCUGCCGCCGCCAUGCUGCUGAAUUGAGAGACAGCGACGAACCAAAGUUUUAUUUUUCCAAGCUGCUGCCGCAUUUUGCCUUCGCCAAUAAAAAAGGACGCCUUCCACGCAAGGAGGAAGUCCAGCUAUCAUCGUCCGUUCCACAAGUUGCUGCUGUCAACCUGGAUACUGAGAGACUUGUUUGUGAGCGCAGGGAGCAGGUAGAGAAGCGUCCCAUUUCUUUACAUCAAAGAGCAAACGAUAAGCAUCUCACCGUCUCAGCCGCACGCAUAGGAUCUAGGUUGCUGCGUCGGUGCUGCGCCUCAUUCACCUGUUUCCAACUGUGUGAAGAAAAGUGCAAGGAAGAUUUAAUGAAUCAGUAUUCGCUAGCCGACGCUAUGACCGACAAGGGAAACUUCACAGUUCCAAAGCUUUCAGAGUCCAAUAUGGGAUUUGGAGUGCUGGGAGUUUUCCUGGGGCUCCUCCUGGAGGUUUCAACCCACGGACCACACAGUGUUCCCCGAACUUCCUGGAAACGCCAAGAUUUGGACCUCCUGGAGUUUUCAGAGCCCGGCAUCUUUAACUACUCGACGCUACUGCUGAGUGAGGAAAGAGGUGCUCUGUAUGUGGGAGCAAGGGACGCCAUUUUUGAGCUCAACAAGAGGAAUGUGACGGUCAGGAACCAAAAGGUUCAGUGGAAAGUUGCAGAACAUCCCAUGGAGAUGUGCACACGUAAAGGAAAAUCAAGAGAGAGGGACUGCCCCAACUACAUUCGAGUGCUCCAGAUAGUGGACGACAAGCGGCUUUACAUCUGUGGCACACAUGCCUUCCAGCCUCAGUGUGAUUACUUGAAUCUUGCAGACUUUUCUUUGGAGGGCCAACCUGAAGAUGGCAGAGGAAAGUGUUCGUUUGACCCUUCCCAGAGCUUUACCGCCGUCAUGGUCGAUGGAGACCUCUAUUCUGGGACAGCUUAUAACUUCUUAGGCAGUGAACCGAUUAUUUCCAGAUAUUCUCCAUCCCAUUCCCUGCUGAGGACAGAAUACUCCACAUCAUGGCUUAAUGAGCCCAGCUUCGUCUUUGCAGAUGUGAUCAGGGCCGAGAAGCACAGAGGAGACGGCGAGGACGACAAAGUCUACUACUUCUUCACCGAAGUGUCAGUGGAGUACGAGUUCUUUGGCAAGCUGCUCAUUCCCAGGGUGGCUCGCGUCUGUAAGGGUGACCUUGGAGGAGAGCGUACUCUGCAGAAGAAAUGGACCUCCUUUCUGAAAGCCAAGCUGGUGUGCUCCAUGCCGGAGCUCAACUUUGUUUUCAAUGUGGUCCAUGACGUUUUCAUCCUGAAGGGGCGAGACUGGAGAGACACAGUCUUCUAUGGCGUCUUCACUUCUCAGUGGGGAAAUGUGGGUUUGUCAGCGGUGUGUGCCUACAACAUGACAGCUGUGGAGGAAGUCUUCUCUAAGGGGAAGUAUAUGCAGAAGGCCACAGUGGAGCAGUCCCACACAAAGUGGGUGCGGUAUAACGGCAUCCCUCCAUCUCCCCGUCCUGGUGCAUGUAUUAGCAACCAACUGCGUCAAAAAAACAUCAGCAGCUCACUCCACCUUCCGGACAAAACCCUUCAGUUUGUCCGGGACCACCCGCUGCUGGAGGACCCUGUCCUGCCCAUCGGCAACAGACCUCGACUCAUCACCAAGGACGUCAACUACACUCAGAUUGUAGUAGAGAGGGUCCAUGCUCUUGAUGGGAACAUUUAUGAUGUAAUAUUCACCGGAACAGAUAAAGGUGUCCUACACAAGUCUGUGGUGUUUGAGGAAGAUGUCCAUAUUGUGGAGGAGAUCCAGCUCCUGAAGAACUCUGAACCCAUAAAAAACUUGCUGCUGUCUUCGGAGACACAGUCAGUGUAUGCUGGGUCGGACUCUGGCGUCAUUCAGUCCCCCACAGCUUUCUGUGGAAAGUAUUCUACGUGUGACGACUGUGUCCUGGCUCGAGACCCCUACUGCGCCUGGGACCCCAACACAGCUGCCUGUGUCUGCAUCCUUGAUGCUCCAAAGGAGCAGCUCAGGAGGCUUGUCCAGAGUCUGAGCGGUGACGCAAACAAGUGUCCUCCAGUGUCUUCGGUGUCUUUCAAGGACUAUCAGAAAGUAUUAGUGAAACCAGGCAGCUCUGCUGAGCUUCCUUGCGUGGUGAGGUCCAACCUGGCACAUGUGAUGUGGAAAUCAAACAACACUCUUCUCGACGAGGCCUCUCGUUUCCACUUCAUCGGAGAAAACGGGCUCCUCAUUUACAGCGUGGCCCCCGAGGAUCAGGGUGACUACCAGUGCUGGUCUAUGGAAUGGGCUCCCGCUGCUGGGAAGAACUUUAGCCGCCUUCUUGCUGGAUAUACAUUGAAGCUGGAUCCUCCUCCCGGACCCCCUGCCCAGACAAACCGUGUAGCCACCACAGUCCGCAGCCAGGAGACAAGUAGCGUGCUUCCAGCUGAAGGUAAUGAUAAGACAGAGAGACAGCCACUAACUUUGGCCAGCUUCACAUCCACAGUCCUCCUCACCACCCCGCCCCAAACUGACCCAUCACUAACCCCGCCGUCCAGUGGCACAGUCAGGUUACAGCCAAGCAGGAACCUUCCCCCAAACUCCGUCAUUCCUCGUCCAGACAGCCAGGACCCUGCUGCGGAGUAUUUGCAACACAACAACAGCGUGGCCCUCCUCUUUCUUUUUCUCCUCUUCUUCCUCCUAUUUUUAGCUGCGAUGGUGUACAACUGCUACAUGCAGUAUCUCCCCGCCCCAUGCCUCAGGCUGCGAGCCACUCUGCUAGGGAGCAACAAGUGUACCCAUCAGCCAGAGUACAGGGCCUGUGAGGCAGGUUUAAUGGAAGUGUCUGCUGCCGACAAAAUUAACAUGACGGAGCAACCCGCGCAGAACGGCAGCCAAACCACCAAAAACCUUCAGGCACUGCGUGACACUGGCUAUGAGACAGAACCCGAGUGCGGCAACGGACGCCUCCCUUCUCACAACUUUGGAGGCGACAGCUCCUCCCAGGAGAAACCUUUUGAUGUGGACUGCGACUCCCAGUCCAUCCAGUUUGCGGAUGCAGAUGACGCUUACUGAUGAAUAUCAGUGGUGUGUUUAUGGGUUUAGAGUAGAAAGUGUGCCAGGGCUAUGUUCCUUAUUUCUGCAGUAGGCAUGGGCCAGUAUGAUGACCUUGAAUCAAAUCAACAGAUUGACGUAUUUAGCAUAACCCCCACCCACCCCGACCCCCUCAAAAAAAUGUCUGACAUUGUCCAGUUAAUUUUAUUUAAAACAACAAAGCAACAUUUACUUAUUUACCUGUUAAAAUAAGAAGCAUCAACAUGUAUUUAUCAUGAGACUUAAGCAAAAAUAUAGAAUAAAUGCUAAAUUUAUUGUGGAGAAUAUUGAACCUUUUGGUUGUUAUGCUCCUGAGAGAGUAGCACAGUUUUAGCAGUAUGAUAUGUAGGCUCUAACCCAACUAGUGUCUUUAACCCCUUUAUGGAGGAAUGGGUGGUGUUUCUCACAACCAGAAAUGUUUCCAAACAGCUGAAUUUGUAUUCUAAGAGAGGGAAAUCCUCCUCCUCCUGUACUUGGAGGAGGAGGAUUGUUCCCGUUACUGAAUGCUCUCUGCAUCUGGAAAAAAACUCUGGUCAUGUUGACAAUUUGAUUCAUUUUAAAAGUCUAACUUUGUGAACUCUUGCCACUGGCUCUUGAUACUGGCUGCCGGUCACUGGCCCAUGCUAAGAAGCUAAAUGUCAUGAAAGUGAGCGUAUGUCCAGCAUGUAGCAAAUGUCUGAAGCCUUAGACCAGAUAUUCUGCCCUUUUGUGGUCUGAUUUAGAGCUUCUAUCCUUUCAGCUGAGUCCAGCAUGAAAAGCUAUUUCUUAUAUUCCAAAUUGGAAACAUUAUUUACCAAAUUGGUAAGUUAUUGUGAUGUUUUCCAAGUUGGAUUUCUAUUCAGCCUGAGUGGAUAAAAAUAUCCCUUGGAGCAUUUGCAUCCAUUUGUAUAACUGAUGCUUCAUCGUCAUGGUAAUUUCUCAGGGAGGUUCCUUUGUGUGUUGCUCUGUGUUGUCAGCCAUGCCACCUGGUUUGUGACGUGUCACAGAGUCGAUACGUCAGACGAUAGAAAAACAGUCGGACAUCUUGGUUGGUGGAGAAAUGCUGGAAUGUAUCUAACCAUGGACUAUUGAUGAGUGGCACUGCUGAGAUAAAAAAAAAAAAAACAUUUUCUUUUUCUCUUUACCUGUGAAGUCGACAUUCCUGAUUGUCCUGUGUAUUAACCCUCAUCAGUCCGUCUCCCUUAUGUGGUGUGUUACUGAAAUAAAAAUGUACAGUAUGAGCAGAGGACAUUAGAGCCCUGGAAACAAUCUGAAGUUUAAUAUUUAUUAUGAUUUUAUUAAACAUUCUAUUUUAGAUUAUUUAAAACGACACAUCUGUGGUAAUAUCAACACAGCAAUUCAAUCCUUCAUUUUUAUUUUAUUCAUUGCAAAACUUCUAGUUUUAUACCUCUCACUCUCCCUUUUUUUUAAUUCUCUGCAUGCCAUCCGGUGUUCAGACUUUCCUCAAAGCUCUCUUCUUUUCCGCCACUCCCUCUCACAGCCUCCUCUAUCGACUCCUCAUCUUCUCUGUCAUCCUCUGGAAGUAGCUCUUGCUCUUCCCUCCCUUCCUCCUCUUCUCCCGCCAAGCCCCACUGCGUGGAGGCUCGGGAGGCAGAGGUAAAACUGUUGCCUCCUCUGCUGAAGGACCAGGCCUGGGGGGUUCACGCCCAGGAGGCCUUCCUGCUCUUCUGCCUCGCUCUGGGUGAGUGCUGCCUGUGACUCCGACCUAUCUCAUACCCCUCCAAAAUCCUCCCCCUCCCUCAGGGACACAUGCUUGGUUUUGAAAUCCAUGCCUUGUGUAUUUAACCAUUUGUUUUACGUUCUUUUUCCUCCCCGUUCUACUGUGUGUUGGCAUUACUCGCACCUGAACUAACAGAGCUGUGUGUUUGGGUUUCUGGAUUUAUUUGCUGGAUUGCCACAAAGAUGGAUCAAUUUCUGAAAAUGCGAAAUAGGGAUUCAUUGCAAAAAUGUCAGCUUCUUUACAACUGACUUGCACAAAUAUAUUUUUGUAAUAAGUUGCUGUGUCAUGGCAGUCUUAAUUUGUAAAAUUUAAAGAUGAGCACUGUUCACGAUGUCUCCAUGGAACAUGCAGAAGUCUGCAGAAGAAUUGUUGGUAAAACUGUUGAUUUUCUUUGUGCCUGUAAACAUUUGUCAAUACUUGUAUAUAUUGGAAAUGGUUGUUGAUUAUGUACAUAAUUCCAUAGGAUGUUGGGCUCCCUGUAGAGGAGUGAAAUAAACCUUGUCAGAUGAUUUCAAAACUUUUUUUUUAAAAAACUGAAUCAGAAUAAAGAAAUUACACAAAA